AUGUCGCACGCCUCACCGAACGUCAGUCUGACAUCUCAGGCCGACUCGCCUCCUCCUUGGCAUCUUGAGCUGGCAUCCCUGCUGCAGCGCUUCUGGGAACUCGAGGACGUUCCACAGGCCCACCGGCAGGCCCCCAACGACGUCGAAUGUGAACGCAGCUUCGCUGACCAUGGCCGGGCUGAGGACGGGCGCUACGUCGUGCGCCUGCCUCUAAAGCAAGGGGGCUUGCAGCUCCUCGGUGAUAGUUGUCAGAGCGCCCUGGCCUCGUUGACUGCGCUGCAGCACCAGCUACAGAGAGCCCCCGAGAUGGCCGUCGAAUACACCAAGUUUAUGGCCGAUUAUCUCGCUUUGGGUCACAUGAGGCCUCUCACUAGCGCUCAGUUGGCCGGGUCGUCCCACCCCGCUCAUUACAUCCAGCAUCAUAGCAUAUGGCAGCAUAGUGACCAGGGCCAAAAGCUGCGCGUUGUCUUUAACGCUUCACAUCCAACUUCGAGCGGCUGCAGUCUAAACGAUGUCCUGCACGCCGGGCCCCGACUUCAAACGGCCUUACCUCACGUGUUACUUCGCUGGCGCCGACAUCGUAUCGCCUUCUGCAGCGACGUUCAAAUGAUGUUCCGCCAGAUCUGGAUCGAUGACCGAGACGUCGACUUGCAGCGGAUCGUUUGGAGCGCGGACCCUCGAGAGCCGCCCACGCACUACCAGUUGCUCACUGUCACAUACGGCGCGUCGUGCUCUCCGUAUCUUUCCCUACGUACCAUCCAGCAGCUGUGCGAGGACGAGGGCUCCCGUUGGCCCGAUGCGGUGCCCGUUGUUAUGCGCGACCGCUACGUCGAUGACAUUCUCUCUGGAGCCGAUAGUCUCGACACUGCGCGACACCUCCGUGACCAGUUGAUCGGCCUCAUGCAAGCUGGCGGUUUUCCGCUCCGGAAGUGGGUCGCGAGCACACCAGAGCUGCUCGAGGAUCUUCUGCCCGAUGUUCGCUUGCGCCCCGCCUGGGAUCAGCUCGGCGCUGAGGGCCUUGUUAGCGAGCUGGGCGUUGGUUGGGAUCCCCCGGUCGAUCGCCUUCGCCUGACUCCGGUCGUCGUGCAACGCCAGACUACGAAGAGGACCAUGCUCGCGGCGCUUGCAAGCGUCUUCGACCCAUGUGGUUGGCUUGCGCCAAUCACUUUGAACGCGAAAUUGCUGCUGCAGGAUCUUUGGCGGGCUCACCUCGACUGGGACGAAACAGUACCAUCGUCCAUGGUCCGGCGCUGGAUGGACUUUGUGUCUGAGCUCCAAAUUGAUCAGGAAGGCAUCAUAAGAGGCGUAGACUUCGAGUUAAAAGAUUGUGAAAUUUUACAAGAUAUGACAUCUAGUGCAAAAAUACACUGCGUAAAACGCAUUAACGGGAAAAAUCCUAUGUCUUCUAAAGAUCAAGGACAACCGAGAUAUAUCCCCACUAAGUCAGUAGUGAUCUCAUUCCAAGGUCAGGACCUUUCUAAGUGUGGGAAAGAUAAACAUGAAGAUAAAUGUACUGAGAAGGUUAGGUGUGCGUCGUGCAAUGGUGAUCAUCCAGCUCUGGCCAGCUCCUGUCCAACAAUUCAAAAGGAACGUGCCAUUCAAAGAGUGAUAGCCUACUAA